CUUAACAGUAGUUUUCCGAAAACAGCAUCAUAGCAGAGCUUUUAAAUGCAAUAUAACCUUUGAUAUGUAGAAAUCUAAAAUGGAAUUAUUAUUGUUAUACUCAGGGACAGUUUUAUCAAUAGUCACAUUUUUAUUCGGAGUGUCAUCAGGCCUAGAAUGCAUAUCCUGUGAAUGGACUGCGGGUGAAACAACAGAAGCUGGAUGUGUAUCUGCGCCAUUCAGAGAAAACACAACGCAAUGUGAACAAACAAUUGGAAACGCAAACUUUAUUUGUGAGACAAAAGUAAAGUUCAGGACCGAGUCAGACAACCAUUACCUUUCAAGUGUGACCAGGAGCUGUGUAUUAGAACAUGGAAAUUGUGACAACCUUUGCGAUCCUAUGUCUGGCAAAGACUGUUUCAUCUGCUGCAAUAACAAAAAAUGUAACAGCAUACCUUUGUCAUCUGAUAUCUUACCUGAUCACCUUACCUAUAAUAUUACAAAUACGGCAGCAGAUUGUGUAUUCAGGAGUGGAACUUACUUAUUUAGUAUUACCAUUUUUUCUACUGUAAACUUUCUGAUGUUUUAACUUUUGACUAUAGUGUUUGGUCAGUGAUGAAUCCAAAGUGUAUAAAUCAUUCUACAAUAUUUUCUGAAUUAGACUAAAAUAAUAGUUGGUUGUCAUGUUAGCCUAGGGUCUG